UCUACCUCCUCGAUGCGAACAAGUAGAGAUAUGCACGAUGUGAUAUACCAAUGCUUCGACCUAUCGUACGAUGGAGCCCCCGUGCGUUGUGCUCUUCCCGCGCGCGCACUUACGCUUCUCACGCACCGAAAGCUCGCCUUAACAUACCAACCGACUACUCGUCCACCCCAUUGCUACACCACAGCGCGAAGUCAGCGCUGGCCAACAAGGAACUACCUUACGAGGCUCGCAAUGGUACGACCAGCCGGAUCAACCUGUUCCAAGCCAUCAAUGCCGCGCUUUCCCAUGCCCUUCGAUCAGACCACCGGGUCUUGCUAUUUGGCGAGGAUGUUGCAUUUGGUGGCGUGUUCCGCUGCUCGAUGAACCUUGCAACCGAGUUCCAAGAUCGAGUGUUCAAUACGCCGCUGACAGAACAAGGGAUCGUUGGCUUCGCCAUAGGUGCAGCUAUGGAGGGUAUGCGGCCCAUCGCCGAGAUCCAGUUCGCCGACUACGUCUUUCCAGCUUUUGACCAGAUCGUCAAUGAGGCCGCCAAAUGUCGGUAUCGGGCUGGCAGUAACGGCGGCAGUAUGAGUUGUGGAGGCCUUGUUAUCCGUAUGCCGAGUGGCGCUGUCGGUCACGGCGCCCUCUACCACUCACAGUCGCCUGAGUCCUUAUUCACACAUAUCCCAGGGAUGCGUGUGGUCGUCCCACGGUCACCCUCUCAAGCGAAAGGUUUGCUGCUGGGUGCGAUAGCUUGCAACGAUCCUGUCAUCUUCAUGGAGCCUAAAAGCCUUUAUCGAGCAGCCGUUGAGCAUGUCCCUGCUGAACCCUACACUCUGCCGCUUGGCACAGCAGAGGUUCUUAAGGAAGGCAAGGACGUCACGAUCGUUUCUUACGGAACGCCGCUCUAUACAUGCCAAUCAGCUCUCGCCGCGGCGGAAAGGGACUUCAAGUGUUCUGUGGAGCUCGUCGAUCUACGGACCGUCUAUCCUUGGGACAGACAGGCGGUUAUGGCAUCAGUGAACAAAACCGGCCGCUGCAUCAUCGUGCACGAAAGCAUGCUAAAUGCAGGCGUUGGCGCUGAAGUUGCGGCCACGGUUCAGGAAGGCUGCUUCCUCCGAUUAGAGGCUCCGGUGCAAAGGGUGGCGGGCUGGAGCACACACCCGGGACUUGCUUACGAGAAGUUCAACAUCCCGGAUGUUGUACGCGUGUAUGAUAGCAUCCGCAAAGCUCUUAAUUAUUGACGAAGCGCUCUCUCUUGCAAGCUAUCUCCUGCCCUAACGAUCCAUGUCUAACCGUGCACGAUCGUCCAGUUGUUAUCUCCCAGUGGAUCUUGUGACAG